AUGGCGCCGCCAGCACCCUGCCGCUCAUCGUCUCUCCCCCGCCUCCCUAAAGCCACGAAGCAGACCCGCCCCGCCGCCGGCCCGCCCAGGCCCAGAUCUGGGCCGAGCAGGCGCCGCCAGGCCGCGCCGCCGCGUCACCCCGCCGCCAAUGGCGACGCCGCCGUCCAGAAGUCCGCCCCCGCUCGCGUCGGGAGCCCCCGCCGCCGCGCUGGACCGCCGCCGCCUAGAAGCACCGCCCGGGGUCGCCCCGUCCCGCGCCGGUGGACACCCGAGAGGGGGAAAGCCAGAGGGCCGCCGCCACCAGCGUCGCCCGGGCCAGGCCCGCAGCGGGCGCCGACGACGGCGGCAGAGAGGAAGGGGGAGGGAGAGGCGCGCGGGGGAGAGGGCUGGGCGCGGCCGGCCGCCCGCGGGGGCGGCGCGGUCGCGAGAGAGAAGAGGAGAGGAAAUUUGGAUGCUAGCUGCCCUUUCCAUUAUAGUGUUUUUCGUAAAUAUAAUCUUUAA